GAGGAGAAGAAAAAUGGCGGCUCGAGGCGAAUCCAAAUGGGACGCCGGGCUAACAUUUUGAGCUUUCACACCCGAAAAGGCACGGGGGCUUCACUGGGCGACUGCACCGUUCGGGCCCCCGCCGGCUAAGCUUUGCGGAGGUCGCGCUUUCGCAGGCGUCCGCGUUGGCCAAGGACGCGCACGGACCGGGGCUCGCCAAGAGAAAAGACUCCGGCCCAUGAUGAGAGGCAGAGGCAGGGGCAGGCCGUCCAAACCCGCACCCAGCGAGGAGCCAGCCCCGGCGCCCACCCGCGGCCUGCGACCCCGGAGGAACAUCAAACCCAGGGCGAGGGACAGCGGGGACGAGGACCUGGAGAGCCCGACGAGGGAGAGCCCCAAGCCGGUGAAAGCGAAGAGGAAACGGGGCUCCGGCAGCGCGUCCGGCCGGGGGAAGGCGCGCGGCAGCAGAGGUGGUAGCAGCGGCGGCGGCGGCGGCGGAGGAGCGGGCAGAGGAGGCAGAGGCGCCCGCGGAGGCAGGAGGGGCAAAUGCUCCAAGACCGUGGUGUACGACGACCACGAGAGCGACGAGGAGGAGGAGGAGGACGCCGUGAGCCUGCGGUCCGACGAGGAAGAGGAGUUCGCGGAGGAAGAGCCGCAGUCCGAGGAGGAAGAGGGCCUCAAAGCGGACUCGGACUGCCUGGAGGAUGAGGAGCCGCUGGACGAGCUGGAGGAGGAGGAGGAGGAUGACGCGAGCUACUGCACCGAGAGCAGCUUCAGGAGCCAGAGCACGCACGCCAGCACCCCGGGUAAAAGACGGGGACGAGCUCCACGGCCCCGCACACCCAUCCUGGAGGAGAAAGAGAUCCCCCCUCUGGUGCUUCCAGACUCCUCUGAGGACCUCCUGGUGCCUAACGAGGAGCUUCUCAGUACAGUCUCCAUCUACGAAGUGCUGCGCAACUUCAGCUCUGUGCUGCGCCUCUCGCCUUUCCGCUUUGAGGACUUCUGUGCUGCUCUUUUGGGCCAAGAGCAAAGUACUUUAAUCUCGGAGACGCACAUAGCUCUACUGAAGGUUAUACUACGAGAAGAGGACACCUCCAAUACUACCUUCGGCCCUACCGACCUCAAAGACAGUGUGAACUCCACUUUGUUCUUCAUAGACGGCAUGACUUGGCCUGAAGUGCUGCGCUCGUACUGUGAGAGCGACAAAGAAUAUCACCAUGUUCUUCCUUACCUAGAGACAGACGAGUACCCGUACGGUCCCCUCGAGAGUAAAGUACGAGUAUUGCAGUUCUUGGUGGACCUGUUCCUCACCACAAACCUCGCGCGUGAUGAGCUGAUGUCCGACGGCGUGAUGCAGUACGACGACCACUGCCGGGUGUGCCACAGGCUGGGGGACCUGCUGUGCUGCGAGACGUGCUCGGCCGUGUACCACCUGGAGUGCGUGAAGCCCCCCCUGGAGGCCGUGCCCGAGGACGAGUGGCAGUGCGAGGUGUGCGCGGCCCACCAGGUGCCCGGGGUCAGCGACUGCGUCAUGGAGGUGCAGAAGAACAAGCCUUACAUCAGACAGGAGCCCAUCGGGUACGACCGGCACCAGAGGAAGUACUGGUUUCUCAACAGAAGGAUUAUUGUCGAGGAGGAGGGCGAGCGGGAGAGCAAGAGGACGUGGUACUACAGCACGCGGCCGCAGCUGGAGGAGCUGAUGGAGCUGCUGGAUCAGGAGUACUGGGAGAGCGACCUGCACGCCGCUCUGGAGGAGGUCAAGGAGGAGGUCCAGGCCCACAUGGACAUCACCCUGGACCUCACCAAGAAGGCCAGCAGUGCACGCAGCUACCUGUCCGCUCUCAACGAAACAGUCGAGGAGCGUUUGAAGGGGCUGCGUGAGGCCAAGGAAGCCAAGCGCAAAGAGGAAGAGGCCAAGAGAGAAACGGAGAAGCCCACGACGGAAGAACCAGCAACCAGCAACGAAGAGCAGAGGGACACCGAGACGAGCGAGGACUGCAGCUCUCAAGCCACAGUUGGCGCUCUCACAGAGGGGAGCGGCAGCGGUGAGCCGGAGCCGCGGUCUGGCGCCGCUGUUCAGGACUCGGGCACAGGCACAGGAGGGGCAGAUCGGGAGCGCCCCUUAGAGGCACAGCAGGGGGCAACAGAUGAGGAGAUGAAAGAGGAGCCCAGCAGCAGCGAAAGCCAAGACGAAGCUAAGAAGCAACCCAAGGAGGAGCCGGAGUCUUCAUCCCAGACCGCACAGUCGAGCAGCAGUAACACCUCUAACACCACCAACACCUCCAACGCCACCAACACCACCAACACCACCACCAACAACGCCACCAGUGACCUCAUCAAACCGGAGCAGCCCGACCUGAACGACCGCUCCUCACGCUCCUCCUUCACCAGCCAGGACGGCACGGAUGAGUACAACAAGAUGAAAGGAGAGAAGGAAGCAGCAGCGGCGGCGGCAUCGGCAGCAGUAACAUCAGCAUCAUCAGCAGUAUCAGCAGUAUCGGUAUCAGCGGGGGAGAUCCCACUGGCCAGAGUGAACAAGGAGCCUCUGCUCUGCUCGCUCCUCUUCAAGAGCGACCCGGCGCUCAAAACCCAGAUGAACAACUUCUUCAAGCUGGGCCAGGAGGGCAAGUACCGCGUCUACCACAACCAGUACAGCACCAACACGCUGGCCCUGAACAAACACCAGCACCGCGAGGAGCACGACAAGAGGAGGCACCUGUCCCACAAGUUCAGCCUGACCACGGCCGCCGAGUUCAAGUGGAACGGCACCAUCCACGGCUCCAGGGCGCUCACCGUGGCCACGCUCCGCCUCAACAUCACCCAGCUCGAGACCAACGUGCCCGGGCCCUUCAUGCACCCCAACUGGGCCUCGCACAGGAAUAACUGGAACAAAGCGGUGCAGAUGUGCAGUAAGGCCCGGGAGUUCGCUUUAGCCUUGGCCAUCCUGGAGUGUGCCAUCAAACCCGUGGUCAUGCUGCCCGUGUGGAAGGAGUCUCUGGGACACACGCGGCUGCACCGCAUGACCGCCAUGGAGCGCGAGGAGAAGGAGAAGGUGAAGAAGAAGGAGAAGAAGCUGGAGGACGAGGAGACGCUGCAGCAGGCCACGUGGGUCAAGUACACCAUCCCCAUCAAACAUCAGGUGUGGAAGCAGAAGGGUGAGGAGUACAGGGUGACCGGGUACGGAGGCUGGAUCUGGGUCAGCAAGACUCGAGUGCCGCGCUUCGUGCCCAGGCUCCCCGGCAACACUAACGUCAACUACCGCAAAGAGCUGGAGGCUAAAAUGAAGGAAAACGCUGCCAAGAAAAAGGCGGUGAAAAGUGAAAAACAGACUGAACAAAAAGAGGAGGAGAAGGGACAAUCUUCCAGCGCGGUGGAGCCUCAGAGCGCUACGACUGAAGAUGGACAGAACCUGAAAGAGAAGGAGAAAGAAGAGGAGGAGGAGGAGGGGAGAAGGAUGGGAAAGAGGUGGAGGGAAAGGAAGGAGAGGAGAAAAUGGAGGUGGAGCCUUCUGCUCGCUGUGGCUCUUAUAUUUACUCAGUUUCUUUAUAAAACUGAGCCUCCUCCCUCCACCGACCAACCCACCAGCUCCGACCCAGCCCCCAGCUCCGAAUCAGCCCCAGUCCCCAGCUCCGAACCGGCCCCAAGCUCCGACCCGACCCCCAGCUCCGAGCCCAAGCAGGAGGAGCCCAAACAGGAAGAACCCACCCCGUACUACGACGUGGUCAACGUGAGCCAGGGCUUCCAGCUGCGCACCGCCUACAAGAAGAAAGUCAAACCCUCCAGACUGGACUCCCUGCUGGAGCGCCGCGUCAAGCAGUUCACCUUCGAGGAGAAAUCCCGGCUGGAGAGGCUACGGCAGGCUGCACUGGCCACCAAGCUCGUGGCAUCAGCCAAACCCGCUCCCGUGGUCAAAAGUGAACCCACGCAACAGCCCGCAGUGACCCCUAGUGUCAAAACGGAAGAGAACGCUCAAAUUAAAGACCACGUGGUGAAGAAACUCAACUUUGAGUCUGAAGAAGUCAAACCCGAUCACGAAACUCAGGUGAAAUCAGGAAACGGCGAAGGCUCCAUCGUCAACGGAGAGUCAAUAUCGAGCAAAAACAACGGGAUUUCCGAAAGUACAGACUCUAAGGAGAUCAAUACGGUGUCCGAAAACGGGAAGAAAAGGACGUUUGAAGAAGUCGAGCAGGACGACAAGAGCAGCUCGGUUCAAGUAAAUGGAAAAGACGCUAACGAGGAGUCUAACGUGAAACGAGACGGGCAAGACGGCCAAAUUGAAGACGCCGUCAAAGAGCCCGCGAAAGAAACUGUGAAAUCUUUAAUGAACGGAAACUUGUGUCAAAACGACGCGCGACCGCCGCCUACUAAAAUCCAGAAGUUGGACAAUCACGUCGCAGAAGGACCUAAAUCAGAGGAAGUAAACGAUGAUCCUAAAAACGCAGAUAGUUCUACAGGUGAAGCGAGCAAACCCGGACUCCCAGCCGCCCCCGCUUCCCAACUCCCAGAAAACAGCAAAGCCACAAGGAGCACCACGACCGCCAGCUUCAUGAUCAGCAAAGAGUACUCGACAAAGGAAAGGGUGAGUCUACAGAAGUUCUCAAAGGGGAAGAAGCUGCGUUCGGGGACCGCGCUGCCGUCUUACCGCAAGUUUGUGACGAAAAGCAGCAAGAAGAGCAUUUUCGUCCUGCCCAACGACGAUCUGAAGAGGCUGGCGAGGAGGGGAGGGUUCAGAGAAGUGCCCAUUUUUAACUACAACGCCAAGCCAGCGCUGGAUAUUUGGCCGUACCCAUCGCCGCGGCCGACCUUUGGGAUGACGUGGAGGUAUCGUCUCCAAACUGUUAAAUCUCUGGCCGGGGUGAGUCUGAUGCUGAGGCUGCUCUGGGCCUGUCUGCGUUGGGACGACAUGGCCGUCAAACCCUCUGCCGCUGUCGGGACCACCAGGAAAGAAACCACAGACACGGACAUCAUCACCACGGAGAUCAUCAGGCGCAGAGACGUGGGUCCUUUCGGGAUCUGCUCCGAGUACUGCAUCAGGAAAAUCAUCUGCCCUCUGGUGAGCCGGGACACCUCCAAAGACACCCCAACUCCUCAGAGGAAGGGCCUGCGCUCCAGUGCCCUCAGGCCCAAGAAGCAGGAGCCAGCCAAACAGUCUGGGCCCGUCGCCGUGGAGACGUGGAUCCCAGAGGAGGAGCUGGAGCUGUGGGAGAUCAGAGCCUUCGCCGAGAGAGUGGAGAGGGAGAAGGCACAAGGAGCUGACCCCUCGAAGAUCGGUGCAUCUCUGAAGACCGUGGAGGAGGUCAAGGCCCACCUGGAGAAUCAGCUCAAGCAGGCCAGGCUGGCGGCUCAGCAGAAACGUCUGGAGCAGCAGAAGCUUCUAACCACCACAAACACCCCGACCACAGCCACCGCCUCCCCGUCCUCCACCCCUGCCCCCUCCACGCUCUCCACCCCCUCCACCCCUCUGUCCACGGGCCAGAGGACGGGCCUGGUCACGCCCGGGACUAAGAUGGUCCUGGCCUCCAAACUGGGCUCUCCUGCGCCCUUCCAGCAGGACAAGAACUUUGAGCAGUCCUACAUGUCCUGGGUCAAGCAGGGGCAGAAUAACAGCAGUGGCACAGAUAACCAGAAAGUCACUAGUAUUUUCCCAUCCGGACCUCCUGCCAACCUGAGAACCUACAGCACCUUACACCCUACAACUGGAAACCUGAACCUCCGAGCCAGCGCCUCUUCAACUGCUCAGCCUCAGGCCGUUACUGCCGCAGGUCCAACCCCGGCCGGCGCGCCCACCCUGCCCCCCGCUCAAGCUGCUCCCACGGUUGCAGGGGCGCUCAAGAGUCAGCCAGGUCAACCUCUGGCGGCGGCAGCUCCUCCCUCUGCCUCCCCCGCCCCGGCUGCAGGACAGACCCCCGCGGCCCCUCAGACCCCCAGGCCUCAGCAGGGUCAGGUCAAACUCACCAUGGCCCAGCUCAUGCAGCUCACUCAGAGCGCUCAGGAAGGAAACCCCGGCCUGACCGUGGUGAUCCAGGGCCAGGGCCAGACCCAGGGCCAGCUGCAGAUCGUACCCCAGGGAGUGACCGUCAUCCCCGGGCCGGGACAGCAGCUCAUGCAGGCCGCCAUGCCCAACGGCCAAGUGCAGCGCUUCCUCUUCACGCCCCUGCCCCCUUCCUCCUCCUCCUCCUCGUCUCUGCCCGCCACCACAACCGCCCCGACCGCAGCAGCGAUGCCCGCCAGACCCGCCCCCCAAACCCCCACGCCCAUACAGCCACGCCCACCCGCUCCCGUCCAGACCACGCCCUCCUCCCUGGCCCAAAUGCAAAUGGUCGCUCCUCUACCGACCCCGAUCUCGAGUCCAGUCCAACCGGCUCAACCUCCGAUCACUUCAACCCCAAUUCUACCGAAAAUCGCCCCGCAAAUUUUACCCACUGCCCCUUCGAUUUCGCCCCCGUCCGUCACCACGCCACCGCAGCUGCAGAGGGCGCUCCCCGCUCCUUUGCUCAACCCGAUCCAGACGGUCGCCCAGCUGCCCGUGACGACGCAGGUUUUGACCCCGAGCUCGCAACUCGGACCCGCCGUGUCCCCCGUCGCGACUCAACCCGCGAAUCUCACCCAGGCCUUCACGCAACCGUCGCCCACCGCCACGUCGACGCCCGCCAGACCUCAGCACCAGCUCCCAGCCCAGCUCCUAACGCCGCCGCAGGAACUUUUACAACCGGUACACCCCGCCCAAAUCACACCCCAAUUACCCACCGUGAGACCGCCAGCCCUCGCCGUGAAGAGUCCCACCCAGGUCGUAGCGUCGCCGGCGGCCACGGCCACGGUCCCGGUGAACGUGCCCCCCGUCCCCACCCCGGCUCUGGCCCCGGUGUCUGCUCCGGUCAUGGGCGUGACGCAGGUAUCGGUGCCGUCUCCCGCCCGAGCGCAGGUGCAAGCCGCCGUCCGGGCCCCGCUUCACGCCGUCGCGGCCAGCGCUGUGGUCACCCCGGUCACCGCCACGUCCACAACGCCCUCAGUGCCAGUGUUGACGGGACAGAGAGCGCCACCUCCGCCUCAAGCCUGGACCGCCGCCCAACCUCAGGCUCCAGCGCUCCAGCCGGUCCAGCAGGCCGUCGUCUCCGCUCAGCCCGCCAACCUGCCCCCUCUUCAGGCGUCUCUCCCGUCUCCUGCCCCCGUCCCCGCCCCCGUCCCCACCUCCACGCACUCGCUCGCUCCUCAGCCUAAAGUACAAUCUCCCACUCCGGUCUCCAUGCAGCAAGUCACCCAAAUUCCGACCUCGCAGCUUCCCCUUUCCCCGCUUCAAAUUCCGCAUUCGCAAAUCUCGCAAAUUUCCCAAGCGGCGACCACGCAGAUUCAAACUUCUCAGCUUCCUGUAUCGCCAAUUCAACGGGCGUUAAUUCCCAGCUCUCAGCUCCAAGCUUCUCCGCUUCCCGUAUCCCAAAUUCAACAGCAAAUUCCGCAUUCACAAAUCUCCCAAGUUUCCCAAGUCACGACGACGCAAAUUCAAACUUCUCAACUUCCUUCGCAAAUCCAAUCGCCUCAGCUUCCUGUGUCCCCUAUUCAAGGAGCAGUAAUUCCUACCUCUCCCCUUUCCGUGUCCAGAAUUCCGGUUUCGCAAAUUCCAGUAUCCCAAAUUCAAGCACAUCAAAUUCCGUCUUCGCAAAUUUCUCAAGUUUCCAAAGUUGCCACUGCUCAAAUCCAGUCUUCUCAGCUUCCCGUAUCCCAAAUUCAAGGCGGAUUAGUUCCCACGUCCCAGUUAUCCGUUACGCAAAUUCCGACGUCGCAACUUGCCGUAACCCAAAUUCCAGUUUCUCACAUCCCGGUAUCGCAAACUCAAGCUCCUACCCAAAUUUCCGUUGCCCAGAUUUCGCCCACGCAAAGCCAAAUCGCCAAAAUUCCAAUCUCUCAGCUUUCCCACAUCCAGACUUCUCAAAUUCCCGUUCAGACUUCUUCCGCACAAAUUCCAGCUUCCUCGGUCGCGCUGCACAUAAAGGGUAUACCGGUGUCCACGGUCAUGACGACGGUCGGGCAAACUCACCUCCAAGUCCAGACCAGCCCCUCCCUCCCGCCUCAGGGUCUGGCUCAGGGUCCGGCCCAGAUCCGAGCUCAGAUCCAGGUGCAGAAUUUCGGCCAAGUUCAGCAAAUCCAACAGCUGCAGAACCAAGCACAACCAGGGCAGAUCCACCCGCAGCAGGUCCGAGUGCAGUUUCAACCAAGACCACAGCUGCAGCAGACCACGCAGGUCCAGACACAAGUCCAUCCUCAGGUGCAGUUCCAAAAUCAAACCCUCCCUCUGGUCCAGAGUCCCACCCGGGUCCAGUCCGCAUCCCAGGUCCCCGCUCAGACCCCCCAGCUCCAGACGCAGCUUCACGGGCCAGUCCAAGUCCACUUCCAACAGCAACCCCAACAGCAACCGCAACAGCAGCAACAACCGGGCCAAGCACAGCCACCCACCUCCCCCCAGGUCCUCCCCCAGUCUCCCCCCGUCCAGGCUAAGCUCCAGGUGCAGUUCCAGCCCCAGAGUCCCCCGGGAGUCCCAGGCCAGAUCCAGGUGCAGUCCCCCAUCCGGCACCAGCUCAUCACGGUCCCGGGCCUCCAGCAGCCCGUGCAGCUCCUGUCGGCCCUGCCCCCCCACGUGGCCGCCCAGAUCCAGGCUCAGAUCCAGGCGCAGGCGCAGCAGCAGGGCGGGGCGGUGCCGCAGCAGAUCAAACUACAGCUGCCCAUACAGAUCCAGACGGCGGGGGGCGCUAUUCAGAACAUGGUGACGAUCCAGGCCCCGCCCACAGUGCAGGAGCAGUUACAGAGGAUGCACCAGCAGCAGCAACAACAACAACAACAACAACAGCAGCAACAGCAGCCGGUCCAGCAGCAAACGCCCACGCCGCCAAAGAAGAAGAAACACAGCGAGAGCAAAAGGGACAAAGAGCACCACCUACAGGCAGCUGGAAACAGGGACGGGCUUCACAACAAGGUGGCCUUCAAGAACUCUGCUGCAGAGCUGUUGAAGCAAAAGAAAUCUCUGGCUGCUGCUGAGCGAGAAGAGAACCAGAGGAUGAUCGUGUGCAACCAGGUGAUGAAGUUCCUCCUGGACAAGAUCGAGAAGGACGAGAAGCAGGCAGCUAAGAAGAGGAAGAAGGAGGAGGUGGUGGAGCAGAAGAGGUCCAAGCAGAACGCCUCCAAACUGACGGCACUACUGUACAAGCACAAGGAGCAGCUCAAGGCCGAGAUCCUCAAGAAGAGAGCUCUGCUGGACAAGGAGCUGCAGCUGCAAGUCCAGGAGGAGCUCCGUCGGGACAUCGCUCGUCUCCAGAGAGAACGCGAGAAGGCCCGAGCCGCCAUCGCCCAGGCCGCCGCCGCCACCGUCAAAGCGACAGCCUCCUCCCACCCCUCUCACCCUUCACACCCCUCGCACCCGUCCGCCCACCCCGCGCCCCCCACGCACCCCUCCCCCCACGCCGCCCCGCACCCGCCCCCUCCGCCCUCCUCCUCCUCGUCGUCGUCGUCCUCGCCGCACAAACGCAAGCGGGAGGAGGAGAGGGACAGGGACCGGAGCCGGGACAAGUACAGGCACCACGACAAGGACAAGAAACGAGACCGGGACAAAGACAGGGACAAACACAGAGACAGGGACCGAGACAGGGACAGGGACAGAGACAAGCACCGGGACCACGACCACGGCUCGUCCAAACACAAGAAGAAGAAGAAGCAGUCGUCUACCUCAAAGGAGCACAAGAAGGACAACAAGCUGUACUGUAUCUGCAAGACUCCCUACGACGAGUCCAAGUUUUACAUUGGCUGUGACCUGUGUUCAAACUGGUUCCACGGAGCGUGUGUGGGCAUCACGGAGAAGGAGGCCAAGAAGCUGGAGGACUUUGUGUGUAACGACUGUAAACGCGGCCAGGAGACAGGAGGGGGCAGCAGCAGCAACGAAGAACUCUACUGCAUCUGCCGGACCCCGUACGACGAAUCACAGUUUUACAUCGGCUGUGACCGCUGUCAGAACUGGUACCACGGGCGCUGUGUGGGCAUCCUCCAGAGCGAGGCCAACCACAUCGACGUGUACGUGUGCCCGCAGUGCCAGUCUACCGAGGACGCCAUGACUGUUCUCUCUCCACUCACAGACAAAGACUGCGAGGGGCUCAAGAGAAUACUACGGUCCCUACAGUCGCACAAGAUGGCCUGGCCUUUCCUAGAACCAGUGGAUCCACACGACGCGCCCGACUAUUACAGAGUCAUCAAGGAACCGAUGGAUUUCGCCACCAUGGAAACUCGUCUGCAGAAGAGACACUACCACAAGCUGACCGAGUUUGUGGCCGACGUGACCAAAAUCUUCGACAACUGCCGCUACUACAACCCCAACGACACGCCCUUCUUCCAGUGCGCCGAGGUCCUGGAGGCCUUCUUCGUGCAGAAACUCAAAGGCUUCAAGGCCAGCAGGUCCCAUAACAACAAGCUCCAGUCUUCUGCUCAAACGUAAUACGGCCGUGAACUUUUUACGGACCCCUAAGCCCCCGUCUGCUCUGAGCACGCCUCGGGACCUUUUCUUUUUUUUUUUUUUUUUUUUCUUUUUGGAGCUAAUGUAUUGAACCUGAAUCUCCAUCGUGGAAGAAGACUCAUUUUCGCGUCAUUUUUGUGGUGGUCAUGUUCAAAACGGGAAUCAAGAAGCGGCACUUGUAGACUCCAAAAGACUGAAAGAAAGCACUAAAAUAAGCUAUCGUGAAAGAAUAGUUUUUGCAGUAGGGGCAGGCUCGAGAAGGCCAUCUGAAGUUGUUAAAAUGACUCUCUCUUUUUGUAUCACCGCUGAAGAAAUAUUGAUGUAUAUAAUGGAACUGAAUACGUGUAAAAAAUACACACUUUUUUGUGACAUUACGACAACCAUCCAUUUCAAAACCUGUUGGACACAGACUGUACAGUUCACUCAUUUUCUAUGGCUACAACUCUUUGGUUUAUAAAUUAAAAUAUGUCUAUAAAUGUA